AUGGCACAAGCAGAUGAUGAUAAAUGGGAAGCCCAGGAAGCUUAUGAAGAUCUCUGUGAUGAAGCCUACCUUGAUGAAACAGAAUAUGACACUGAAGGAGAAGAGUCUGUUUCUGAGGAAGAGCAGGAUUUUCAUAAGCCCCUUCAGUCAUUAGCUGUCUCUACCUCCAGUGCUAAGCCCAGCUCUGGAUCCCAGGAGGAACAGCAUGGUCUGGAGGGGACCACUGGCAGUAAGGAAUCUGAUUCAUCUGUAUUUUCUGGAUAUGUACAACCCAAGCUCCCCACUAGGAAGAGCCUUAAUAAGAAACUGAAAAUGGCUAGUAGUCAUACAGCUAUUGCCAAGAAUGGCGAAGAAAUAACUCUCAAGCAAUUAAUGUCAAGACCACCAGGAAUUGCUUUCUUUGGAUCCAAAGCCACCAUCAUCAAAGGUUGGCUUCAGACAAGUAAUGGACCUAAGAAGCGCAUCACCUUUGACUCAGGAUCAGAGAUCACUCUCAUUAAUGAGUCAAUACUUAAAACUCUAGAUCCAUCACCUAGAUAG